UGUAUUAUCCUGAAUACUGCCAAUUGUUGAUUAAUAACGAUAAAAUAUAGACCGUAAAAUGUUUACAAUAAAAUUAUAAGCACAAAAAAGUUUUUACAAAUGUAUAUUAGUGUCCCACAAUCCUUUUUCUUUUACAGAGUUUAUUACAUUAAUUCAGAGGCGAUGCGGGGAAAAUCUUGCAAUUAGCAAUGCGGCCAAAUAUCCGUAUUCACCCGAUAUGCGAUCCUGUAUGUAGAUUCGAUUUUACUACGUUUGCUCCCCCGGUUAUGGUGGGUGUACAUUUGUAGGCUAUUUAAUUUAUUUGGCAGUGGAAAAAAGCAGUUUUUAAGCUUUUAAUUCUUAAGAUCGAAGCUUGUUAAUAUUAAAACAUUCCGAUGUGAAUGAAAGUGUGACUUCUGUCAAAUAAACAUAGCAUUUUAUAAUAUAUUGCUUAAUUGUCGUUGUUAUUUAACCUACUUUGCUUUGUGAAAUGUAUUAUUUCACAACAUAAAGUAUAGCUUUAAUAAAUUCUAGUUAGAUAAUGAGCUGUUUGGUAAACAUUGUGUUUAUUACCUGCUUAAUUGGUUUGUCUUUCAGUGCUUGAAGCUUAAAUUUUAAAAAAUUAGAUUAGGCUCAUAUUUCGACUCAGCGAUCUGAAGGUAGUUUUUAACUUUCUUUGUUAUUUUUCCUUUAUUUUUUAUUUCAAAAACACCUACUGUUUUUCAGUUACAGCUUCAGGAUUUAGAUGAUGUAUUGCACAUCAACACGGCUUCAGACACACCCGUAAAUACAUCUCACACGCGUGUCAUGUGUUUGUACUGAAAUAUGAGUGAUUCAGUCAUCUUUUACACAUACUCGCGCCAGUCAGCAAACGCAUGCGCGUUAAUGCGUCUCAAUAUUUGGGUCUGUUUCGGCCAACACCAGCAAGGCACUGACAACUCGGACUUUCCAAAACCUGUCGUCUCGAGUUGGUUUGGGUCGUUUGUAUGUGAGGCUCUGUAGGAUUCUGGGAGAGGCCUUAUCACAGGGGUCCAUUUAGACUUUGAUCUUCACCCCCGGCCAUGUAUCCUGCAGGUGCAGAUUCUGUAAUGCCCUGGGUGAGGGUCUAGGGGUAACUUUAACAGGCAGGGCUUAUCCUUCAUUCCGAUUUACGUUAGCCGCAGUGAGAAGAAGAACAACUGUUACUUUAGGUGUAAGGAAUGAGCAGCAGAAGCGUGUGGCUCUGUAAGAUCUGAAAAGGGGUUGUUGAUAGAUGGAGAGAGCGGAUCCCACAGCACAUGGGAGAUGAUGUAAGGAUCGGCGCACACGCAGACACGGAGAGAUAUCAUGUUGUAUGCACACUGGCGAGAGCGCUGCUCUACAGGUGUUGACUUCUGCUUCUCAAGUUCCCGCUGCCCCUUUUGAUGGCCAAGCUGGGAAACGGCCGCAGAGCAGGCGGCUGGUGGUGGUGGUCCCAAAUGAGGUGUCCCUGCACCCACAGAGGAUCUACACCAGCGAGGAUGAGGCCUGGAAGACCUAUCUGGAGAACCCGCUGACAGCUGCCACCAAAGCCAUGAUGAGCAUCAAUGGUGAUGAGGACAGCGUGGCGGCCCUCGGCCUGCUCUACGACUACUAUAAGGUUCCUAAGGAUAAGCGGCUACUUUCCAACAGUAAAGGGGCUGAGUCCCCAGAAGAGCAUGAGAAAAGGAGCGGACUGGACGCUGGCACCAGCCACAUGGCUUUGGACGCGCCCAACAAUCGCGUCCAGGUGCUGAAGACGGUUCCCGUCAACCUGUCGCUGAACUCUGAGCACCCGGACGUGAAGCGAGACCCCUACGCGGGGAGCUCCGGCGGCACCGCGCCCGGACCCCUGCUGAAGACCGAGCCGUACGCCCCCUACAGGCUGCCGGGGGAGGGGCAUGCCCGUGGGUAUGACGUCAGCCCCUUCAGCGUGUCACCUGGGUAUCAGGGAGCGUACUGCAAAGGUGAGCAGAGAGGCAGCCCAGACAGCACCUACGAGCAGGAGCGCAAGAAGUUCUGCCCGUCAUCAGUCCUGGGUGCUGAUGCUUUUGUCCACGACCAGUCAGGCAUAGACACCUUCCAGUACGUGCUGGAUGCCACUAAGUCACUGCGACAGAAGCAGCGAGAGGCGCCCAUGACCUAUUUGAACAAGGGCCAGUUUUAUGCAGUGACCCUGAGCGAGACCAGUGCCAACAAGGGCCUGCGUCACCCUAUCAGCAAAGUCAGGAGCGUGAUCAUGGUGGUGUUCAGUCCAGAGAAGAACCGGGAUGAACAGCUGAAAUACUGGAAAUACUGGCACAGCCGGCAGCACACGGCCAAGCAGCGGGUCCUGGACAUCGCUGACUACAAAGAGAGCUUCAACACCAUCGGCAACAUCGAGGAGAUCGCCUACAACGCCGUGUCCUUCACCUGGGACGUGAACGAAGACGCAAAGAUCUUCAUCACAGUUAACUGCCUGAGCACGGACUUCUCCUCCCAGAAGGGUGUGAAAGGACUUCCUCUGACGAUCCAGAUCGACACCUACAGCUAUAACAAUCACAGCAACAAGCCACUUCAUCGAGCGUACACCCAGAUCAAGGUCUUCUGUGACAAGGGCGCGGAGAGGAAGAUCCGGGAUGAGGAGAGGAAGCAGAUCCGAAAGAAAUCCAAAGGGAAAGACGGUGGGCCGGGAGCCCUACCACUGCCCAAGAAGGUGGACUGCACCUACUUCAAGACCAUGACGGACCUGAACUCGCAGCCCGUCCUCUUCAUUCCCGAUGUUCACUUUGGAAACCUGCAGAGGGCAGGGCAGAUCUAUGCCAUCAACACUGAGGAGGUUGAGAAGGAUGGAAGCAUGGUGGUAAAGAGUAUAUUCAGACCAUCUCAGGAUGAAUACAGUGCCUCCCCAUCCAAGCAGAUGAAGGGGGACCUACAGAAGAAAGUGCUCCUGUACGUGAGGAAUGAGUCUGAUGAAGUCUUCGAUGCUUUAGUGUUGAAGUCCCCAACAUUACAGGGUCUCAUGGACGCGAUUUCAGAAAAAUAUGGCAUUCCUAUUGAGAGGAUGGCUAAAGUCUACAAGAGAAACAAAAAAGGGAUUCUGGUCAACAUGGAUGACAACAUUAUCGAGCACUACUCCAAUGAGGAUACAUUCAUUCUGAGCAUCGACCAUCUAGCAGAUGCCUACAAAGUCACACUAACAGAGAUUUGAGUGGCUUUUGAGGGACUGCAGUGUCUUUUGUAGCAUCUGGGUCCAUUUGAAUCGUGGAGGUCAGUGUGGAGAAAGGCCUGGAGCACACCGAAGCCAGCAUCCCCCUUAGACCAGUUCUCUUACACACCUUUUCCAAAUGGACCGAUCUUGUAAAUAUGGUUUUGCCCGAUAGUUUGUCACAUUACUGUGGAUUUUCUGAGUUCUGAAGACCUUGAGCCGGGUUCUGUAAGCCAUCUCUUCAGAGGGAAAACAAUGUUAUUUUUGGUUUCUGGCAUUGCCGUCAUCCAACGAAACGCACUGUUGAGCAUGAAGUGAGGAGGCUUGGUGUUGGCCGGGUCCAAUCCAACCCCAAAAAGACAGCAGAGACCGUGCUGUGGUCUGACGUCACACUUGUAUGUGCUACCAGAGGAACCAUCGGUAAGCGAACAGAAUUUUGAACGGGUCCAGAAGACUGGGCCAGCUGGCCACAGUGCAUUAAGAGCGCUUACAGGGGACAGCACUGUAUCCAUCGUCUGAGCCCUCAGGAACGCAGGUGACCCUCUGUCCUAGUGCAGUGUGCAUCACUGAACAAAGACAUUUAAAGGACAAUCAUGUUUUCUACUUCUCUGUGAAAAAAUGGAGGCAAAUAUUCAGUGUGUUGCUGUUCUAUUGCCUUUGGCGUGGUGGAUAUCUCCCUGCAGCAGCUGUCUUGGAGACCAAUCACAUCUCUGCAGAUCACCUGACCUUCACAGAGAAGCGAAACCCAACUCAGCUUGCUAACAGUGAUCUUAUACUCAUAGGGUUGGACUAAAGAGUACACACCACUUUUGUACUUUUUUAAGGUUUCUUUUUUAAAAGACGUAUUUAUUUUAUUGGUAAUAUAAAAUCUGUAAAUAUGAUGGAUAUGUCUACAUUUGAUGGAGGUACCAAGCAGAGCUGUUACAUGCAGAAAACUCCAGCAGUCAUACUGGUGAGUUUCAUUGUUAACUGUGAUUAAUAACAGGGAUGAGCAGUUAUUAACUGAAACUCCUGAUUGGACUGCAGUGUGUGUGUGUGAGUAUAAGAGAGUGAGUGAGUGAGUGAGUGUCUGUCUUAUUUCCAUCAAAAUAUCAGUGUGGAGAACAGGCCAUCUGACCCAACCCACACAGACACUCAAACAUCUCAUUCUGGCCAAGAUCACGUGAAAAUGUACCUUCAAAAACCUUAGAAAACUGCAGCAGGCAUACUGUUAUAUACUGGAAAGUUUACACUUUGCAUAUAAAAUUUCUCACCAUUUCACAAAAAAAAACACAGAGUAUGAAAAUAAACACACUGCCUGGCAUCUCCUUAA